AUUUUAUUUUGAUUACAAACUGUUAUGUUUUAUUUUGGUUUGCAUUUCUUUACAUGGUGAUUUGAUUUCACAUUCAAUGUGUGUGCUGCAAUGUUUACUCCCUGCCAGCAGGGGGGGCGAGGGCAGGUUCCCGUUAUACUGUCUCGCAUCGCGGUUUCCUGCAUUACUGCUUGAUAUUCUAAACUGACAAGCCGUCUCCUCAUCUCUCUCCUGUUUGUCAGGAGUACAUCUGUCAGCCAAGGUGCCGUUGCUACGGUACCCGUUACAGAUUUUUGGUGGCCCGUACGGGGAACGGCAUCAGAUGCGCAGGCGACAGACGCAAACAGAAUCAGCCGUCUGAAGCGGUGCCAGUGCUACGCAGCGGGGACCAGACCUGGAGCCACGGAUAAAAGAGCUGCCUGAAGGAGCAACCAACAGCGAGGAAGACGGAAAAGCAGUCAUGGCGGACGGUGAGAGAAGAGGCUUGGUGUGGGACAUCAAGAAAAGUCUGCUCACUCUGACAGCCGAUGAACUUUUCCAACUGGCUCGGAGUGUUGGUCCUGUGCCGGGGAAGGAUGCAUCCACGCUUCAGGUGGAUGAGGAAGAUCGUUGCUUUGAGUACAUCCGAGCUUUCAUGGACAGUGACACUCUCAUGCAAUUGGAGGAUUCAGGUAUGGCUACGUUGUUGGAGUUAAAUGAUACCGUGAAGGCCAUUCAGAGACGUGCUGUUAAGUGUAAGACAACUGCAGAUGAUGUGCAUAAUUUAUUGUCAACCCCAGGGUUUAGCGAAUAUGCAAUCACUGAUGAUAUGGUGCCCAGUGUUCCAAACACUAAUAUGACCCAACCAGCUGAGGUUAGUCCAGCUGUCCCCUUACCAUUUACCACUCCAUCACUCACACACCCUAUCAAAACCAUACCACCCACAGACACAACGGAGUUACAGAAAAUGCUUACUACUUUUCUACAACACAUCAAUAACACCACAUUACCACCCACUCUCACACCUACACCGGCACACCAUACACCAUUACACUCUACACUGCCACCUGACACCAAACAUGCACCUGUACAACAUGCACCCAAACAAAACACACAUGACAAACAUGACCGAGGCGUGCCCCUUCGAGAGCUCUCAAUGCUGCGACGUGAAUUCAAGGUUCAAGGCGGGCAGAUCGGAGAUCAGAGCUCAGAUUUAAGUUACAGCAACAUAUGCAGACAAAUCGAUGACGGAGUAAAAGAUCAGUUUAGUGAUGCUGAAAUACUGAGAGGUAUUCUCAGAGUGAUCAAACCAGGACAUUUCAAAGAUAUGCUAAUGCACAAGGAUGAUUUGACCAUAGACGAGAUGAAGUGUUUCCUACAGUCCCACUUAGGUGGGCAAAGCAACACAGAGCUCUUCCAAGAACUGAUGUGCACCAAACAAAAUGACAGCGAAACUCCCCAACAGUUCUUGUACCGUGUCAUAGGUCUGAAACAAAAGAUACUGUUUGCCUCAAAACAUGCUGACACGGAAGUGAAAUACAAUUCGAACACAGUUAAAGACAUUUUCCUACACACCAUAUAUCAAGGACUUAGCCAAAAACAUAAUGACAUACGCAGAGAACUUAAAACAUUACUUUCUGAUAGCAGUGUGUCUGAUGAAGAAAUUUUGAAACAAAUGAUGAAGAUAACAAGCACAGAGAAUGAACGACAGAGACGUUUGGGGUCAGGCGUGAAACAGAAACAAGUAAGCGUGCAUAGCACUGAGCUAGUGGAGGUUGAAGUCGCAGCUGCACAAGGUAAUGGUGCAAAGAAAGAUGCUCCAGAUAAACAGCCAAAGGCUAAUGCACUUCAGCUGUUAACUGAACAGGUAGCAGAGUUAAUGACUAAAGUUGAGCAACUGCAACGGCCACAGCAGAUUUACAGCUCCGAGCCCUGCCACCACUGCAAAGCUCGAGUGGAACGAACGAAACCCAAGUCAAAUAGCUGUGCUAAUUGCCUCGCACAGAACCUCCCAGGUUGCACUCACUGUUUUUACUGUGGUGAAAACGGCCACAGAGCAGUAGGCUGCCUAAAGAAGCCGAAGCGUCAGGAAAACUGGAGCCGGUCGCUGCAACGGGACAACCAGUGACCGGGUCUCAUGUUCAGUCCCACAGUG